CGCGCUGCUAAUGCGAGUUCCCCAAGUCAGCCGAGCGGUGGGCAGCCCGGAGCCCGUCUCAGCCCAGCCCUGGCCCGGGAGCACCUGCCCCGGGAUGCUGAGCUGCAGCGGGGGCUGGAAGGGACCCGCAUGACAUGGUUCCCUCGGGCAGUGGCACUGGGGGGCUCGUGGGGAGCCUGGAGCCUGGCAUGGAACUGAGCGCUGCUGCUGGUGGCCACGCAUCCUCCUAGACGGGAACCCUGUGUCGUGUAAACGAGCUGAUGGAUGAAGAUGAGAAGGACAGGGCAAAGAGGGCAUCACGCAACAAAUCUGAAAAGAAAAGGCGAGACCAGUUCAAUGUCCUCAUCAAAGAGCUCUGCACAAUGCUGCAGGGUCAUGGCCACCCUCUCAAGAUGGACAAGUCCACAAUAUUGCAGCGGACCAUUGACUUCUUGCAGAAACAGAAAGAAAUCACAGCACAGACCGAGGCCUGUGAGAUUAGGCAAGACUGGAAGCCUUCGUUUCUUAGCAAUGAGGAGUUCACCCAGUUGAUGUUAGAGGCAUUAGAUGGAUUUCUCAUUGCACUUACCACUGACGGGAUUAUUAUUUAUGUAUCUGAUAGCGUCUCCUCUCUUCUCGGACAUUUACCGUCAGAUUUGGUGGACCAAAAUAUAUUGAACUUUCUGCCUGAGCGGGAGCAGAGCGAGGUGUACAAGCUUCUUUCUCCACGGGUGCUCAUGACAGACUCGGUUGCGGCUGAUUUUCUAAACACUGAAAAGCAAAUAGAGUUUUGCUGCCAUUUAGCAAGAGGAAGCUUAGAUCCAAAUGAGCCCCUAACAUAUGAAUAUGUGAAAUUUGUAGUGGAUUUUAAAUAUUUUACUCAUGUGCCUACACCCUCCUGCAAUGGCUUUGAAUCAGCUAUCGCCAGAGCAUUCAGGUCAGCCACUGAAGAGCAGGUUUGCCUCGUAGCAACCGUUCGUCUCGUGACGCCGCAGUUUUUAAAGGAGCUGUGCAACGUGGAGGAGCCAUGUGAAGAAUUCACCUCCAGACACAGUUUGGAGUGGAAGUUUUUAUUCUUGGACCACAGGGCCCCGCCCAUCAUAGGCUAUUUACCCUUUGAGGUUCUGGGAACGUCAGGUUACGAUUAUUACCACGCUGAUGACCUGGAGCUUCUUGCUAGGUGCCAUGAACACUUGAUGCAGUUUGGAAAAGGCAAGUCCUGUUACUACAGAUUCUUGACCAAAGGCCAGCAAUGGAUAUGGCUGCAGACACACUACUACAUCACGUACCAUCAAUGGAAUUCCAAACCGGAGUUCAUUGUUUGCACGCACCUGGUCGUGAGUUAUGCAGAGGUUCGAGCGGAAAGGAGGAGAGAUCUUGGCCUUGAGGAGUCAUCAAUUGAACUGGCAUCUUCUUCUUUGAAGAGUCACAACAGUUACAUAGACAUCCGGCAAUGCGGCGCCAACCAAGACACCGGCGGGGACGGGGUGUCCAGAUCCUCCCCGAGCUCCCGGCGCUCGUCGCACACGGCCCUCUCCGACUCGGCCUCCACCUCCUCCAUGCGGCACACGGAGGGCAGCACUCCCACCAGGCCAUCCGCGCCCGGGGGCCAGCAGGAGAAGGCGUCGCUGAGGCUGGCCUCAAGUGGGAGCGCACAGGCCCUCGUAACUCCUCAGACACCUGCCGAGCAUCAUGCGCCGCAUCACAUGGCCCAGCCGGCCGUCCCCUCGCAGCAAGCAGUGAUGCCAGUGUACCACUUCCCAGCCCAGUUAGGGAUGAUGCAUCAGCUUAAAGAACAGCUGGAGGAGAGGACGCGUAUAUUGCAAGCCGACAUCAAGACGCAGCAAGAAGAGCUCCAUGUGAUCAAAGAGCAGCUCCAACUAGUGCAAGAUUCCAACCUGCAGAUGUUGAUGCAACAGCCUAUGCCCGUAGUCUUUAACAACGUACAGCCGCACAGCCCAAGGCGGCCGUCUCAAGCGCAGCAGCCCGGGGCGACCAGGCAGACGACCGCCAAGAAAUCUCAGCCACAGGGCCUUAUGGGAUCCAAACACUACAGUGCCCCCCACUUACCAUCACCACAUCAAUUCCUCAGGGAACCGUCGGUCACGUCCUCCCAGGUGCAGCAGCAGCAGCAGCAGCAAGCCCUGCGAGGCAGCCAAGCGUGUCUGCCGGUGCAGACCAGCAUUUCAAUGCCCCUCUACAACAGCCCCAUGGUGUUCUCCCAAACGCACGCCCUCGCUGGGGCCGCCCCGCUGCCCGCCGAAAUGGGCGAAAGGCAGCCACCGUCUGACUACAGCCCGGAUAGGAGUUUACGAAUGUUGUUGGAUCAGCCCGUGCAGACCCUGAUGUCCAGUGCGACUGGCAGUAACCAGUCAUCACAAAACAGUGCUGGCCACCAGCAAGCAAACUUUGUUCCAGAACAGCAGAUGCUGCCUCCUCCUUUGCAGAUGCAGCCGAUUACAUGUAGCACAGUCAGGGUUCCGGCUCCUUCUCCCGUAUUCACCCCUUCGGUGAUGAUUCCACAGGCCAACUUCACUUCCCACCAGACGCAGCCUCCCGUUCAUCUCCAUCAAUGGCCACCUCAACAGCAGGGUCAGCAACAUCUGGGCGGGGUUUGGAAGUGUCACUCAGAGAUCAGAACAGGGGUGGGCAAUAAGCCAGCCGGACACGGUUCACCAGGUUUAGCGCCUGGCAGGUUGCCACAUACUUGA